AUGGAGGGGGGGUCCCCCUGCAGCCCCUCGGACCCGCGGGAGUGGCGAGCGUCGCGGCCGGGCCGGAGCCGCGUGCCGGGCCGGGACCACCGGCGUUAUUACCACGAGCGCUGGCGCUCCGAGUACCUGAUGGAGUUCCGGGGGGCGCGGCGCGGGAUGCGCUGCCUCGUGUGCGGCAGCGCCCUGGCCACGCUCAAGCUCAGCACCAUCAAGCGCCACAUCCGCCAGAGGCACCCCUACUCGGGCCGCUGGGGGCCCCGCCAGAGGCAGCUGGUGCUGCGCUCCUGGGACCCCCGCCCUGAGCCGCCCCCCGGCCCCGAGGGAACCCCCGGAGCCGCCCGGGGGGCAGUGCCACCCCUGGGACAAACUGCCAGCCUGGGGACAGAGAAGACACCACGGGGACAGCCCCGGUGAGAGGGGACACUGCAGGGACAAACUGGCACCACGGGGGCACAGCGGGGACAAAGUGCCACCUCCAGGACAGCGGGGACACGGCAGGGACACUCCUGCACUGCCACCCCCCCACCCCACUGAGGAGGAGGAGGAAGAGGAAGACCCCAAGGGGGGGGUCGAGGGCACAGGACCCUUCCCCCCCUGCACCACCUGAGCCCCCAGGAUGGGGACACCCCACAGGGGGGUGGGGACAGCAGUGACACCCCCACCCCACCCCAGAGGUGGCACCUCCCUCACUGGUGUCACUGUGUGUGUCCCCCCCACCAGUGUCACCCUAUUUAUAUCUCUG